CUUCCGAUCAAGAGAUGGUAUAUAUGCCCGCCUAGCAGUUGAUUUCCCAGAUCUUCCUGAUCCUCAAGCAAUGUUUGACAUAGAAUACUUCAGAAAAGAUCCAAGGCCAUUUUUCAAAUUUGCAAAGGUCACAUUGGGAAAAGAUCCAGUGAAGUUGUCCUGGUGAAAUACUGUAGAUCCACCAGCAAAAUCGAUUUUUUCCCCUCAUAUAUCUGCUUGCAUCAUAAAUCUGCCCUGGAUGAGGAGGGGAUUUGGAACAAACUUGAGACAUAGAGAGGAGACAAAGGAGAGAUGUACUAAUUUGAUACUGCACCUAUUUAUGGAGUGUAUCUUACUAUUUUCACAAACCCAUGUCUACCCAAUCAACCUCAGCUUGAGGUUCAAUGUGAAUAAGGACAAUGAUAGACUAAAUUACUUAGGUUUGGGAAACAGUGUAGGUUUUCUCCCCAGCAUAAUGCAUGACUUAGAGGUCAUCAUUAAACUUAGGUGAUAGACGAUUUAGGAUAUAAUUGUGGUAGCAAGCUAUUUAUGUCAUUAAAUUUAUUAUUGCCAUCUCCUCAGGCGGACCUUGGACUGCUUACAAAGUAUACAUUAAAAAAAACACAAAACAAAUGGCCAGACUAAAAAAGUCAUUAAAGCAAAGCAUGACAGCCCCCAUCUCCAAUAUAAUAUUCCCUGGCCUGGUACCAAAGCUAGAUUUUAAGGGCUUUGGUACUUUUAAGAGAAACCCUAGAUGAGAGGCUGUAGUCUGUAUCUGCAGGGAUGCUGUAAUGGCGAUGGGAGGGGGUGUUAUGACAGCAAAGACACAUUUUCUAGAUCCAGUAUGUCAUUUUGAUGCAGAUACUGCAUUAACAUAUUUAGUGCUAAUAUAGAUUGUGCUCUAGACUAUGUUGCCUUUAACAAAGUAGACGCAAUCAUUUUCUGUCCUUCCCAAUCAGCAUUUGCAAUUUGCAAUGUUAAGGGCAUGAUUUUCUACAAUUAAGUUGUAUUGUUUAGUAUAUUUACAGGUCAGUAAUAUUUGAUGGGAGAAUUCUGUUGUCUUUCAGUAAUAUUUCAAAUUUGUAACAUUACUUAAAUAUUAAUUGAAAUUCUGAGGUUUGGAUUAUAUAUGUAGUAUCCUAUUUAUAUCUACUCCAAAAUGUGCUCUAUUAAAUGUGCAGGAUUGUUCUUUUAGUAUUCUGUUCCCAAUAACUAUGGGAAGCUGCAGCAAGACAUGAUUUCCAAACUAUGCUCUCCAACAAUUCAUUUCCCUUACCAAGUCGUAGAUAUGUAAUAGCAAGCAAAAGUGCAUUUGCUGCAUUUUUCAAUAGCAGUCUUUAUUGUAUGUUGAAAUUGUAUAUGCGGUGUCAUGUAACAAUUGCAGAGAUUAUUGACAAGAUCUUGUUUGCGUUUCUUUUGCAGGAAAUAUAUCCUGGACAGUUUCAGCCAUCUCUUUGUCAUAAAUUUAUUGCUUUAAUGGAUAAAGAAAGAAAACUCCUUCGCAAUUAUACUCAGAACAUAGAUACACUGGAACAAGUUGCAGGAAUUCAAAGGAUAAUCCAGUGCCAUGGUUCCUUUGCAACGGCUUCUUGCCUCAUCUGUAAAUACAAGGUUGAUUGUGAAGUUGUACGAGGAGAUAUUUUUAAUCAGGUUGUUCCUAGAUGUCCCAGGUGUUCACCUGAUGAACCCCUUGCUAUCAUGAAGCCAGAAAUAGUAUUCUUUGGUGAAAAUCUACCGGAGCAGUUUCACAGGGCCAUGAAAUAUGACAAAGAUGAAGUUGAUCUUCUUAUUGUUAUUGGGUCUUCACUUAAAGUAAGACCAGUAGCAUUGAUUCCAAGUUCCAUCCCACAUGAUGUGCCUCAGAUUCUAAUUAAUAGGGAACCAUUGCCUCAUCUACACUUCGAUGUCGAGCUUCUUGGUGACUGUGAUGUUAUUAUCAAUGAAUUAUGUCAUAGAUUGGGUGGAGAAUAUUCAAAACUUUGUAAUAGUUCCAUUCAGCUUUCAGAAAUAACAGAGAAACCUCCACGGCCUCACAGAGAGUUUGAAAAACAUUUAACAGAGUUACCACCCACUCCUUUAAACAUUUCUGAAUCUUCUAAUUCAUCUGACAGAAUUCGAUCACAAGAUUCUCAAGUAAUACAUUUAGAGCAUUCUGGUCAAUAUAAAGCAGGAAAUUCUGAUGUUGCUUUGGAAUCAAAAGAAAACUCUAUAGAAGAAAAACCACUAGAAGUCUAUAACUCUUUAGAAAAUUCAGAAAGUACUCAUGGUCAGUUAGAAACUACAGAACAUGUGAAGGAACCUGGAUCUAUUCCAGAAGAAAACAAAGAAAGAAGUGAAAAAAUCUCUGUUGAAACAGUGAGAAAAUGUUGCUUGAAUAGAUGUGCAAAAGAGCAAAUUAGCAAGCGGCUUGAUGGUACUCAAUAUUUGUUUUCACCACCAAAUCGCUAUAUUUUCCAUGGUGCUGAAGUUUAUUCAGACUCUGAAGAUGAUGUCAUCUCCUCCAGCUCUUGUGGAAGUAGCAGCGGUAGUGGAUCAUGUCGGAGCCCAAGCUUAGAUGUAGAAGAGGAGAGUGAACUGGAAGACUAUUACAAUGGCAUAGAAGAGGAGGAGGAGGAAGAGGAGGAGGAGGAGGCAGACAGUCCUGACAGAGAAGAGGAGAAUGGAUUUGAGGAAGAUGGAACUGACCUUCCAGAAUCUGUUGAUGAAUCAAUUUCUAUAAAUCAGACAGUAGAAUUUGACAGUUUAUCAGACAAGUUGUAAGAUAAUUACUGAUUUAUUUCAGGAACUUUUCCACCAGCAUUAGCAAUUUGGGCAUAUUGGAAUGAAUGUGUACUGAAUUCAGAACAAGGCAAACAACAAUGUUUAUAAACAUUAGAGUAGAUUUUCAUGCAUAGUUUUCUAACUUUUCCAAUUGAAUUCUAUAAAGACACACUCAACACUAAUCUUUAUUGCAUUUUAAGUUUUUUAGAAGGUACUAAGUAUCUUUUACUGUCACUACAUUCAUUUUUAUUAAUAUGUGUUGUGUGUGUGUGUGUCCGUAUGUAUUCACACAUAUACAAUAUUUUUGGCUUUAUAAAUUUCACCUUGUGUUAUUUCUGAACCAUUUAAAAAGCCAUCAUAAUAUUAAUAUAUAAAGGGAACAGCUAAUCUAGACCAAAGAAUGGUAUUGUUCAUACCUCUCUUGUUUUGCAUCCUUUCAGUUUAUUUAUGUCUCCUUAGUCUGCUGCUGCAAGAAUAUGUUGUUAAAUAUGAAGAUUUUCCCCAAAUGCCUAUGGCAGCUGUUUUCUGAACUCUUCAUGUUGGGUAUAUUUGCAUGCAAUCAUAUUAGAAGUUAAUUAGACAUCAGUGAGCAUCUGAAAAUUCCUUAGAUUACUAGAAAAUAGCAUUUUAAAAAACUAUUUAAAUAAAUGAAAAUGCUAUUUUUAAAACAAAAGCUAAAAUAAAGCAACUUUCUGUAGAUACAUAAUAAUGCUUAUUGGCUUCCAAAAUUACAGGAAGAAAGUAUUAGAUAAGAAAUCAUUAACCCUGUUAACAUGAGUAUUUAGUGCAGGAAGUUGGUAUAUAAAACAAUGUAUAAAAUCUUUGUGUACACUGCCAAGAUGUGAAUAUUUAAGUGUUGGAAGGUGUAUAUAUAUUCAGGAUAUAGAUGGAAUUUUUGCCCAAGAACAAAAGUGUUUCUAUACUUUUCAGUACUUUUAUACAAACAUUUAAUGAGAGCUACUCAUGCAUCCAGUAAAACAGAAAAUUCAAUUUCACCUUAACUUUAAAGUAUGCUGCUUAAAGGCUUCUGUUCAGAGAACCUCACCACUCCUUGAUAGAUUGAUGUAGAAAAGGCAGCAACUGAAAGGAGUUCCAAAGCUGCUUCAAAACUGCCUCUUGAAAUAGAUGUGUCAAAUGUUACCGCUGUAGAUUGUCUCAAUCCUUUGUGCUUCAUUUGAUCCUAGCUUUUUAAUUUCUUCUUGAAACCACUUUUCAGCUGUAUCCGUAGUUACACCAGUUGCCAAUAAUUCUUUUGCAUUUCUUUAAUAUUCCAUUUUGAAAUAUGUAUAGAGCUGUUCUUUUCAGUCAGUACAUCCAAUUUGUAACACGGCAUAAUGAAGUGUUAAAAAUGGCAUUUUGUGUUCAUUUGAAAUGUUGGCAUGUUUUCUUGUUGUCCAAGUUAUAAAUAGAACUUGAACAACUACACUUAAAGAAUGCAAUAUGUUUAGCUUGGCAUGCAUGUCAAACUGUAUUUGUGCUAUAGGAGAUAUUUUAAAUGGAAAUAUUUUGUUUUAAAUUAUUUUUACAGUGUGGAUUAUUUUCUGCUUUUAUAUUGUAUAUAGUGUCUUUUAUGUAACCAACUGGCAGAUGUUUUGUAGAAGAUUGUUUAAAUUGACAUAGCUCUCUUCCUGCAACUUUUGAAAUACAAAACCAGUGUUUUAUAC